AUGACCGAAAGCGGUUUAGGGGCUGGAUGUGAGCUCCCGCCCGCCAACCUCCGUAUCUUCCUCACUUCCCAUCGUUCCAGACCUCCUCCCCUCGUCCUUGGGCUAGCUGAGACCUCUCAGUGCCUCCUCCUUGACUGUCUUCUUUCGAAUCGCUCCUGUCCUCUUACCGCCAAGAUGAAGCCCGUCGUGUCGGCAUUGAAUGCCUGGUCCUGUGUUGUUAUCUCCGUUUUCGCCAUCGUUAUUCUCUCGGUCCUUGGAUCACUCUUUGGCAGUAACAACCAUGCCUACACUGGCUCAGAAGGAGAACCCGAAGAUGGCCCUGCAGUUGCUGCCUCUAUCUACGUCGCCGUGCUCGUCUACGCUGGGUUCUUCGUUUUCUGCGGCUUCCAGGCCUACCUUCACAUUCUAGACCGCAGGGGCGGCGCCAUAUCACUCCGCUAAACAUGAAAAAUCCCACAACAAUAUCUUAUUCGGUGUCUUUAACGGUCCUUCGGUCGAUUUGCAAUCAUUGCGUCUUACAUAUUUCUCGGUGUGUCUUUGGAGAACAUGGAUUUCAGGGUCCGAGAAGGCGGGGAAGGAUCCGAUCUGAAACGGAUCGACGGUCUCAACCUAUCUGGACUUCUCGGUCAUGCCACUACAACUGCUUCAGUCUAUUCGAGGUGGACUCAGAGUCCGUCGGUAUCACGAGCUAGGAAUGCGGUCUCUAUCUAAGGGCCUUUGCGGAGCGGGUAUCCCAGGCUCCCUUUGCUAGAGUACACAACCUUUUUGCGCAUGUACAUAAACCGCUCGGAAUUAUAGC